CCUAAAAGCGUCAGGCAAAAUCGCAGAUUUAUAAAGCCUGGUGCUGUGCCAACAAAGUUUUCAUUUUCCAGUAAAUGUAGUAGAAGAAGCAAGAAAAAAACCAUGUAUGACUUAAGAGAAAGUGUUCCUCCUAAGAACACUAUGAGUGAGGACAAGACAAAAGAGAAUUUUGGUGCAGAUUACACCACAGAGAAAUAUCUAAACCCAAGUUAUGCCAAUUCAUCUACUAUUAGUAACAUUAGGACAAUUUUGAUGUCCCCGAGUAAGAAUCUUGGCAGAGAACCAGCUUCCACUUCAACAAAUGCAACAGAUACUGGUGGUUUUAAGCAAAUUAAAACUCUAGGUUUAAUGAGCAAAUCAAGACCAGAAACAGGCAUUCCAAAUAUUGUCUUAAUGAGUCCUAUAAACCUAUCUGAUGACACUGCAAAUAAAGUUUUGUUUGUUUGGCAUAAGCCUGCUCCGAAAAAUAUAAGCUCUCAUGAAUCAGAGAUACCACAUGUAGCUGAUAAGGCAACACAUUUUACAGAGGAAUUAAGGAAAGAGAUUAAGAAAGAAAUACAAUUUGAGGAUGAAGAAACAUCACAUCCAUGCAAGGAGCGUAGUGUUGGACGAAAUUAUGUUUGCGAUAAGGAGAUAAAAGUGGAAAUAGAUGAGCAAAAUAUAAACUCUGGACAGACUGAUGUAUCUGGCGCUGUCCAAACACCAACAGAAGAAGCACAAAGCCUCUGUACAGAUGAAAAGUUGGAUAUAGGAAAUUUUGAGACAGUAGGAAAGCAAUCUUCCUUUUGCUUGCCUAACCCAGAAUUUGUUGAUGCAAACAUGGUAUCCAGAUUUGAUUGCUAUGACCAUUUUCCUGCCAUGGCAAAGAUAGAAUCUGGCAGAAAAUGUGUGAGAAACGGUUGUGGCCGAGUGUCUUAUUUCUUCUGCAGGAAAUGUAGUGAAUUUUUGUGCAUCACUGGCACCGACAUCAAUGAUGACUGCUUUUAUUUAUAUCAUCAUCGCUGACAUCCUUACAUCAGGCCUCUGUUGAGUUAUUUUAGACAUUAUUUCCAUCAGUAACUAUUUGAUGGUUCUAGUACUUUAUAAGCCUGGUCAGAAAGACUAAAUUUUAAGAGCUGUUCCUAAAGGACUAAUGGUGUUCUCUUGAAAACUGCAACUGUGAUACUCAUGAAGCUUUCCAGCUCUGCUAUGAAGGACACAGAGCAUUUGUUUGGCAAAGUGUGGGUUCGAUCCUUUUGUGGCCUGUCAAAGCUCUGGCUCAUCAUCUACACCUCUAUCCCUGUUUAACAUUGAGGCCUCAAUUCUAAAAGGCUUAAAGUGAUGAUGUAUUUAAAAAAAAAAGCUAAAUAUGAAAAUAAUUUAAAAAAAAAACAAACUUAUAUAAGGAAAGAACUCCACACUUACUAGUCUCAAUAAUGUAGCUGUAGAAGGUUUUUCCCUUUUUAUAUCAAACAAAAUAGUUUAUUGCUUAAAUUUUUUUUUAUUGAUUCCUGCUUUGUUAAGUUACAAUAAGUAAUUGUUUUAAAGUUUCAACUAAUAUGAGAAUGGGGUGGGGGAGAACUAAUGUGUUCAAAAUGUUUGACAGCCAUAACUUUUGAUUGGACUAUUGUGACUUUAUUAUUUUUUUUCCUUUUUCUUUUAAAUGAAUAGAUUUAUUACCUCAUGCUUUUUUUUCCCCAUUAUCUUUUUAAUGGAUAGAUUAUAAACUUUUGCAAUUUAUGUUUUUAAUUGAUCAGAAUGGGAUACUUUCAUAAUAGAUCAUUGAAGUCCAUAUGUUAAUUGCUUUUUUUAAUGCUAACAUGUAAUACAUUUUUCUAUUUGUGUCACUGAUUGAUAUAAUUGGCUCGUGCUGUUCUUAGCAUCUUUGGAUUGUGAUGGCAGAAUGGUAAAGGCUUCUGAACAGAUGAGUCUAGAGUUAGAAGCCCUGUGUCCGGUUUGAGGAACUCAACUGGAUACCUGAUACAUGGGUUGGGGGUGUGGUGCUGGACACAUGACCCACUUAUUUAUCAUCGGGUUGGGGGUGUGGUGCUGGACACAUGACCCACUUAUUUAUCAUUGGUCAUAGAAACUGGUGAGACUAUGGUGCCUCCAUAGGUUGCAAGGUCUGACAUAUUGCUUUUCAGUACUUUUGAGCUAGCAAUUAAUACAGUCUAGUUAUCAACAUAAAUUAUGAAGUUAAUUUGAUUGGACCAGAGUUUGCAAGAGCAAGAUCCCAUUUCUCUAUUUCAUAAUGAAAUAAAAUUAUGAUAACUUGUU